CAGUAGAGCUCAACCUCAGUCCUUGGAAAGCAGGAUGCUCCCUUGGGCCUCCUCUUGACUCCUCUCUUCCUCCCACCAGUGCCAUUAACAGAACAAACAAUUCAACCAAACCCAAUUCCAAGUUCUUGGCGUUCCAUGUUCGUCUCAAACAUUACACUGCACAUGAGAUGGCAGAGGAUUUGGUUCUCCAGACUUCCAACGGCUAUAUUAUUGCCUCCGGCCUCCAACGGCUAUGUUGGCCUUUGAUCCAUCUUCCACUUCCCGCGUUGAUAUCGGGGUGGGUUCGUUGAAGAAUCCCACCUAUCACACCCUUCCUUCUCCUCCCGUUUCCCGCCAAUCUCGCGGCCGAGGUGGAAAUCCGAUACAGGGCGACGCACCCCAUCAUCACAAGGUGGAAGAACCCGGCCGAUAAAAAUCCCGCCUUUCCUAUCUUUAGCCAUGCCGUGACCCGCCCCCAUCCUCUGCCGCCCCGAUUCUGCUCUGUUCCCAUCUCCAUCCAUUAUCUCACCUGGGUCUCUCUUGGAUCCCCUCUCUCUCUCUCUCAUCAUUCCCCCUGUUCCCUGGUAUAGGUCCUCCGGCGCCGCCGCCGCCGCUAGCGCCCCCCCACCCCCCGCCGAUGCCAUAGGAGACGUAGAUUGCGAUGGGCUGCGUGGCGUCGAAGAAUGCGGCCCCCGUGACACCGGUCAUCGACUCGGCCGGCGUGUCGGGAAAUCUAGACGCCUCAGGGGAGAUUCUUGGGGUGUCGUCAUCGCUGUUUAACCGCCCGAAGCUCGGGAGCUAUGAGUUCGGGGACCGCAGCGAGUCCGGGGAGUCAGGGAAGAUCAACAGCACCAGCAAUUCGAUGAGCUUUCGGCUGGGGAAUCUGCAUCGGUACAUCGAGGGAGAGCAGGUUGCUGCCGGGUGGCCUGCUUGGCUCGCUACUGUUGCUGGAGAAGCCAUUCAGGGAUGGGUGCCCCGUAAAGCUGAGUCUUUUGAGAAAUUGGAGAAGAUCGGACAAGGUACCUAUAGCAGUGUGUUCAAAGCACGUGAACUUGACACAGGAAAGAUUGUUGCCUUGAAGAAGGUCCGGUUUGAUGUUUAUGAGCCCGAGAGUGUUAGGUUUAUGGCACGCGAGAUCCAGAUCCUCCGCAGGCUGGACCACCCCAAUAUUGUCAAAUUGGAGGGACUGAUUACUUCUCGAUUGUCCUCUAGUAUAUAUCUUGUUUUCGACUAUAUGGAGCAUGAUCUUGCUGGGUUGUCAGCUUGUCCUAACAUCAAUUUUAGUGAAUCACAGAUCAAAUGCUAUAUGAAACAAUUACUAUCUGGACUUGAACAUUGCCAUGCACGUGGGAUCAUGCAUCGUGACAUCAAGUGUGCAAAUCUUCUGAUUAAUAAUGAGGGCAUCCUGAAAAUUGCCGACUUUGGUCUAGCAAACUUCUGUGAUUCUGGGAAAGAACAACCGCUUACUAGCCGUGUUGUGACCCUAUGGUAUCGCCCACCCGAACUUCUUCUGGGUUCGACAGACUAUGAAGCAUCUGUGGAUCUGUGGAGUGUUGGUUGUGUGUUUGCAGAAGUGUGUCUUGGGAAGCCUAUCUUACAAGGGAGAACUGAGGUUGAACAAAUACAUAAGAUAUUUAAGCUAUGUGGUUCUCCACCAGAUGAAUAUUGGAAGAAGUCCAAGUUGCUCCAUGCAACGCUUUUUAAACCCCAACAACCUUAUGAGAGUCGCCUUCGAGGGACACUUACCUUUUUACCAAAAAGUGCCUUUAGCUUGUUAGAAACUUUUCUGUCUAUUGAACCAUAUAAGCGUGGCACAGCCUCAACAGCUCUUGCAUCUGAGUAUUUCAAGUCAAAACCAUACGCAUGUGAUCCAUCGAGCUUGCCAAAAUACCCACCUAACAAGGAGAUUGAUGCAAAAGCCCGUGAGGACUUGCACAGGAGAAGGGUUCAACAGUAAGCCAUGUGGUAUAGAAGCCACAAGAAACUUCAAGAAUGUAUAGAACUUCACAGGAACCAGACGGGAAUAAUAGAGCCGCAUCUUGCCGAAAGGACUCAUGGAAAACAAAUGGAGGCAAUAAUAGUGGUGCCAAGAGAGAUCAAACAGUAAAAAGUAACACUAGACUAUUUGUAGAUCUGCAGCCAGUACCAGCAAUUAAUCCCCCAGAUGAGGGUCGAUAUUUAAAGGAGACCUGUCGAAAAGACAUUCCUUCCUCAGGUCCCUUGCAGGUGUCUGCUUCUAGUGGCUUUGCAUGGGCAAGAAACCAAAAGAAAACCGUUUAUAUAUCAAUUCUCAUUCUAGAUUCAGCUCAAGAAGCCACACAUCUCGUGCACUAGAUCAUUCGAAUAUCUUGCCAACAAAAAUUCCUUCCAACCUGAAGGGACAAGCUAACAGAGACACUGGACAUGCACCACAUUUGAAUUCUAACAGCUGCAAGCAACAUGAGAUUGCAAAGCAUGGGACACUCACACAAUGGUCACAACCAGAAAUUCCAGAGCAAUAUGAGAUUGCAAAGCAUGUGAUUUUGAACCAAUGGUCGCAUCCAGGAAAGCCAGACUCAUUUGAUUCCUGUGAUUCUUAUCAUUCUCGGGAUUUAUUGGAUGCACUUUACAAGAGAGAUGCAAAAUCAACUAAGCAUAGCAUCUUGGAGUACCAGGAUCGAGACAGAGUUGAGUUUUCUGGGCCUCUACUUUCUCAGACUCAUAAGAUUGACGAACUUCUAGAGAAACAUGAACGGCAGAUCCGCCAAGCUGUUCGCAGAUCAUGGUUCCAGAAAGGGAGAAAGCAAGGACGUUGAGAUCUAUGGACAUGUUAUGUUCUACUAACUGAUAUAGGUGUCCUCAGAAAUUCGAGAAGAGUACCCUAAGCUACACCAAGAACAAAAUCCAUGGCGGUGGCCUAACAAUUAAGGGUGAAGAUGAUUUCAAGUGUCAUACAUGAAUCUUUUCCAUUGGUAACCAAGUCUAAAAGUGAAAAUAUUUGAUUAUUCAUCAGUAAAUUGAGGGAUCCACUUUGAGUAACCAGCUGUUACUUACAACGCUCUUGACACUAUUGAUGUCGAAUAAGUUCACAAAGGUGCGAAAAAUGUGGAAUGAGUCUUAGUCUUUUAUUUUGCAGCUACUUGACAUUUCAGAUAUGAAAUUAUGGAGGG